AUGUUUAAAAAAAAAAUUAUAAUAGAACAUGUGAUAGCUCUUGCCAUGAGCCAUGACUCAAUAGUAGCAAAAAGUCCCAAGUUCCAAAUCUCUAAUCACCAAACAUAGGAUAGUGUAGAAAUCUCUUUUUAACAUUAAUAAAGGCAAAGCAUCUAUUCCUGGAAUAUCCCCUCUCUCUUUCUCUCCCUAGCCGGUCUCGCUCUUCUCGAACCAAUCCUGGAAAAGUCUAAAACCAGAUUCUCUCUCUCUCUCUCUCUCUCUCUCUCUCUCUCUCUCUCUUUCUGAACUCGUUUGGAAAGCCAUGAUCUUUUGGAAACAACUACAAAUUUAGCAAGCCUCCAAAGCCCAUCAAAUCCCCCAUUGCCUCCUUUUCCAUAACCCCAGCACCUCCACGUAAAAAAAGAUCCAAUCUUUUUGAUACAUUCUCUUCUCCAUUCCCACCAUCCCAUCCCACUCCGAGCCACCAUGACCUUCUCCUCAAAUUCCCACCUCCCAGCUGCUCCCACGUCCAGAACCCUUCUAGCGUUUCUCUUGCUCCUCUUCCUCUCCCUAGCCUUCGCCGAAACCAAGCUCUCGGACGCCCCCACCGCCUACGAGCUCCUCGAGAGAUUCAAUUUCCCCAGAGGAAUCCUCCCACAGGGAGUACAAAGCUACCUAAUGAGUAAAGAUGGCACCUUUGAGGUCUAUCUCAGCGGGGACUGCGAGUUUAAGGUCACAGGGAGCUAUCUGUUGAGGUACAAGAGGAAGAUAACCGGCACGGUGAAAUCGGGCACGCUUAAGGACUUGAAUGGGAUCAGCGUGAAGGUGUUGUUCUUGUGGUUCGGCAUCAAUGAGGUCGUGAGGAGUGGCGAUGAGCUCAACUUCUAUGUUGGCCCGCUCUCGGCCUCCUUCCCCUUGUCCAACUUCGAGGACUGCCCCCGGUGCCGGUGCGGCUUCGAUUGCGCCACCCCCUUGGUUUCGGAUGCUUAGAAGGACCCUGCUAUCGUGGGUGAUCAGCGAGAUCUCUUUCUCUUUAUGUAUGUUUUGGUUUUAAUUCUAGAUCAUGGAUUUGACAGUGAUAAUCUUUUCUCUUCUUGUAUUGGAAUUUGGAAGUUGAAUUAAUAAGGAUUAUAUACUUAGUGUGCUUGUGCA